GAACCUUUUUUAUUGACGAGGUAUGUCAUCAUGUUUGAUAAUCGUUAGCGUUAUUAACAGCGGUGAGAGAAGCAGACUUGAGAUUUGCUUUUUCAAGAAACUAUGGGCCCAUGUCGCGCUGAUCCGAAACUUUAAUCCCAAUAGCUAUUAUGCACACAAGUCACCGCCGUUCACGUUAGCACUCCAAACCCUUGGCACGUAAACCUCCCGACACUUGCUCUCUUUCUCUCAUCUCCACGAUCUUCUCACUCUCUUGGUGAGCUUUUUCUUUCCCGGUCAAAAUUUCGACUAUAGAAGUUUCGUCCGUCGGUCUUUCUAACUGAAUCAAAUUUUCACAAGUAAUCUUUCGCGCGGCUCGUUUUAUAGAAACACGAUUCAGAAUGGGAAUUCAUUUUGUUGACAAGGCAGAUCUAUGGAAGAGUGCACUGUUGUUCAAUCUUAAACUUCGUGAUCGAUUUCGAAUCGCCGUCGAUGAUCACCGUGGUCGAGCUACGGUUUUCUCACCGGAUGGUUGCUUCUCUUCCACUAUCCACCGCUGGGUGACUCGAUUCCGGAACUUUCGCCGGGAGUCUCUCCCUUCUCCACCGGCUUUUUAUCGCAGACGAGUUUCUAAGGACUUAACGGCAGAAGAAGAGUCUGCUCUUUUCCGGAUGCUACAAACUGUGGCUGUUCCCCUUAUUGGAAAUGCUUGUCAUGUUUUCAUGAAUGGUUUUAACCGUGUUCAGGUAUAUGGUUUAGAGAAAUUGCAUGAUGCUUUACUCAACAGACCAAAGAACAAGCCUCUUGUAACGGUGAGCAAUCAUGUUGCAUCUGUGGAUGAUCCAUUUGUCAUUGCUUCAUUACUUCCACCUAAAUUUCUACUUGAUGCCCGUAAUUUGAGGUGGACGCUCUGUGCUACAGAUAGAUGCUUUAAAAACCCUGUAACUUCAGCUUUCUCUCGAUCUGUCAAAGUUUUGCCAAUUUCUCGUGGUGAAGGAAUUUAUCAGCAGGGAAUGGACAUUGCGAUUUCGAAAUUGAACAACGGAGGGUGGGUUCACAUCUUUCCAGAAGGCAGUCGCUCCCGGGAUGGUGGAAAGACUAUGGGCUCAGCGAAGAGGGGUAUCGGAAGGUUGAUUUUGGACGCAGAUACUCUCCCUAUGGUUGUUCCUUUUGUGCAUACUGGUAUGCAGGAUAUAAUGCCAGUUGGAGCUAGUGUUCCACGGAUUGGCAAGACAGUGACAGUGAUCAUUGGAGACCCUAUUCAUUUUAAUGACAUUCUCAGCACUGAAGGAGCCCAACACGUCUCAAGGAAACACCUGUAUGACGCCGUUUCGUCCAGAAUUGGACAAAGACUGUACGAUUUAAAAGCACAAGUUGAUAGAGUAUAUAUAGAACAACAAUCUAUGAUGUCACACAAUGCCAAAACACCCUCGGACCGUGCUGCUGAGAUCUUUCAUAGAGUCGAUUGGGACUCAUUUGGGAUGGGAGCACAAUUUUCAGAAGAAUCAUCACCCAGUAGUAAACCGAUUGGCCAAAGCGAUGAUCGCAUUGUCAGAUCUCCCAAAAGGAGAGUCUCACCCGAAGGAGGGGUCAGCUUGAAGAUUAAGAAGCUCAUGGACUCAACCGAGAUGAUGGGGUUUGCGGCUAGAGGGUUACUAAUGAACGAGUACAAGAGUCGGGUUGAAUCUGCCAAUGUUGGUAGGCCUUUAAAGGCUUGGAGAGAGUAUUUUAUGAACCGUGGAUUAUAACUUGCAAGUUAAACUCCCGUUAGGAAUAUUAGUUUAGUAAUGAGGUUUAAGUCCCACAGGCCACAACAAAUGGACAUGUUUUUACUUGUCUAAUAUAGAUUUAGCUAGAUUUUUUUUUUCGAUCACACAUGAACUCUUAUCUAUCUCGUUGUUGUUGUUGUAAAUUAGCUUUUAAUAAAAUCCCAGUUUCUCGAACCUUUUUAAUCACAGCAAAUACUACAUUAAAGAUUAGAUUUGGUGUGUUUUGCUAAAGAUAAUGCCUUUCAUGCG